AUGCAGGUAGCACACCCAGAGACUUCGAAACCUUCAGACAAGCCUCGGGGGACGGGUACCACAGCUGCCAUGGAUCUUGUCAGCUCAGAGAGCAGUAGCUCGGACGGCCCCGAGGUCACAUUGAACUGCAACUUGUCUCCUACGAUCCAGAAUGCACAAGCUUCAGUUGCAAAGCAACCUGCCACGUUUACUGACAAGACUGCAGAAGACCAGUUACCAUCCCCUCCUACCUCACAUGCCGAAUCCUGCGAUCAUCCACCUCCUCCUGAUUCCGAAAACGACCAACAAUCAAGUCCUGCCUCCGGAACCUCUGCCUCAAGCUCUGCUAGACCACUCGACGAAUGUCCCCAGGCCUCUGCCAUGCUCCACGGCGUUGUAGAGCAAUAUACUAAAGUUAUCGAGUCACAGCUACACGAAAAAGACACCACCAUACAAGAAAUACAUCGAAAACUCAAGGCGGAAGAGAGCCGAGCUAUAAAGGCGGAGAAUAUACACUUGGAGGCAAGAGCACAAGCACUGGAGACACCAAGGCAAGGCUUAGGGGUGGCUACAAAGAAUAUAACUGCUCUGAGAGGGGAUAUCGAGAGGUUGAAGAUAGAGAAGCAAGCAGCAGCUGAGUUCUUCGAAACUGAGAUCCGGCGGCUAAAGGCAGAGACUGAAGAUCUGCGUCUUGCCAACGCGCGGUUCGAGGGCCAACGGCAGAGUAAGGUCGAUGAUGUGAGCCGGCAGCUUGCUUCGAAAGCCACCCAGCUCGAUAACGCUCGCAGCUGGAUACACAAAGAAGGAAAGGAGCUUGCCACCAAGGCUGCCUCUCUCAGCAAGGCUCGGUUCGAGAACGCGGAACUGAAUAAAGAGAAUAACGAGCUCAUGCGUGAGAGCAUGGAGAUAAAGGAUCGGGUGGUACGGUACAAGAGGAAAUGGCAGUCUCUCAGGCAGGGGAUUACGGAGAUGGACGAGGAGUUCGGGCGCGACGGGAGUCCAGUGAAGAGAGCUGCUAAGACGCCCACAAGCCUCGCCGAAAAGCUAGUGGCCGCCAUGAAUUGUUUCCCCAUGCAACAAGAGUUUCUGGUGAUCACCAUUCGAGGCUCGGAGCGCAGUAAGAAGCGCAAGCAGAAGGUCGCUACUUCUCUUGUCGGAGCUCAGGCCAAGUCCCUCGACGUCCCCAAGAACAAUAUGUCAAGCAAGGGUAUCGAGCCUCUGCACUCGGCUGACAACACCGGCGCCGUCAAGCCAAAGAAGUCUCUCCGCGAGCGCUUCAGUUUCCGUAAGUCUUCGACCGCUAACAAGGACCUGGUUCCGAAGAACUCAAUUCCAGAGAACUUGGCUCCAGAGGACUCAAUUCCAGAGAACUUGGCUCCAGAGGACUUGGUUCCAGAGGACUCGGUUCCAGAGGACUUGGUCUCAGAGGAUUUGGUUCCAGAGGACUUGCCAUCCAAGGUCGACAGUGAGCCUAAACCUGCUGCAACCGAGUUACCAUCACUGCAAGAGCAACUGGCCCUCUCACCAUCCAACAAGGGUACGAGUAUCGCCUCCAUCAGCACGACCUCGACGGAGUGGGAACGCCUUGCGCUCGCUAAUACACCAACUCGUAAGCCUCCUCCUAACCCAAGACGUGUCGCGGCUAUGCUAGCUGCCCAGGCCAAAGCAGCUGCGGAGGCCCAAGCUUCCCAGCGUCCCGAGACCCCCAAGAUCAGUACCUUCCCAGUCAAUCGCCCGAAGAUGUCAGUCAAUUCUAGCGUUGAUGAGAGUGGAUCCUUCGCCGCACACCAAACUUUCCUGAGUCGCACUUUCCAACUACUGAUUACGGAGAAUGCCUCGAUUGAAUCCGACCUAAGAGCCCUCGAAAAUGCUGUCCGCGAGCGUGAAUUGGAGAUGAGCUCUGCAAAGGCAACAGAUGAGGCAGCAAUGCACACAAAGGUCUGGGAUGCGCAAGUCAAGUCUCAGACGUUGGAGAAGCGAUUGCUUGGCAAGGAUGAGUUGGUCCAGAGUCUGUAUAUCAAGAUCGAUGGUCAUGAGAACACAAUCCGCACCCAAGCCCAAGCUUUCAAGGACCUCCGCAACCGCACUCACAAUCUCGAGGAGACAGUGAAGCAGAUGGGUCGUGACUCCCGCACCCGCGUUCACAAUCUUGAAGAGACCAUUAAGCAAAAGGAUCGUGAGCACCGCUCCCGCGUUCACAAUCUCGAGGAGGUUAUCAUGCAAAAGGAGCGUUCCCUUGACCACAACCGUCGAGAGUAUUCGAGCGCCAUCAUGCGAUUAGAGAGAGAAAAGAGAGCCCUGGUUGAGCAGACUGGAGUCCUGGACGAGCAGCUCGAGACUCAGAAGACAAUGAUCCGUCACCUGCAGGCCAACUCCCAUAAUUUCAAGGUGUACGCUAAGGACAUGGCACAAGGCUACGAGUUCUACCGCAGUCACUACGAGAAGUACAAGAAACACUUCGCUGAAUGGGACGCAAACGACCAAAUGACCUCAGACGGUACCCAAGUUGACGGCCAUGGUUCCAGCAGCCAAGACAACGGUGGUGGCGCCGGAGACGAGCUCAAGAGCCUCUCGGAGUCAGAAUCUGCUGGCACCGACGAAUCAAACAUCAAGCUGGCUGUUGUCAAUUUGAGACAAUUUUACAUCGACCACCAGGAGCGCGAUACGCCUGCCGUUCUGGAGGGCUCUCGAUUCAUGGAUUGGGCCCGGGGCGGAAGCCGUAUGGAGGAUCUGCCGCACUUGUGCUUGGAAACCGGGGACAACGAGAGCGGCGGCAUGACCCCUCCCGAAACCCCCGUCUCCCUUUCGGAUUUUCCCCAUCCCCCUUCUUCGUCGGAUUCUUGA